GAGAGAGAGACCUAGAGAGAGAAGUCACCAUUUAAGACCCCAUGUACAUUGGUGUUCGUUAAAACCUUCCUCACUUUACCCUUUACAAACCCUAGAUCUUAUAAAUCCAAAUUUCCCUUUACAAACCCUACGCCACUGAGUUUUCACUGUGCGUUGUUCACAAGCACAGUCUAAAAGAGCUUUUUGUCAAACCCCAUUUUGCAGAUCUGAUUCAAUUGGGGUCGCGGCUAAAUUCUUCUGUAGCUCGUUAUCGAAUUGUCAGAAUUUGUGUUCUUGAUUGAUCGGUUGUGAUUUGAGGAUAUACUACUGUAUAUGCGGUUUUAGUGUUUUAUCUGGCUAGAAGAUUCUCAUGGCUAUGCCAUCGGGAAAUGUGGGCGUACCGGAUAAAGUAUCGUUUCAGAGUGGUGGUGGCGGUGGAGUUGCGGUGAGUGGUGGCGGUGGCGAGAUCCAUCAACACCACCCCCGCCCCUGGUUUCCUGAUGAGCGUGAUGGGUUUAUCUCAUGGUUGCGAAGUGAAUUUGCUGCUGCGAAUGCAAUGAUUGAUGCCCUUUGCCAUCACUUGCGUGCUGUGGGAGAGCCUGGGGAGUAUGAUGUGGUUAUUGGGUGUAUACAGCAGCGGCGGUGUAAUUGGACGCCCGUGAUUCAUAUGCAACAGUACUUUUCAGUGGCAGACGUGAGCUAUUCCCUUCAGCAGGUCAUUUCAAGGAGGCAACAGAGGUAUAUCGAUCCCGUAAAAGUGGGGCCGAAGUUCUAUAGGAGACCUGGGCCAGGGUUUAAGCAGCAGCAGCAGCAGCAGCAGGGCCAUAGGAUUGAAGCCACAGUCAAGGAAGAGAUGGUCACUUGUGCAGAGUCAUGUAAUGGUGGGAAUUCUUCAAGUUUUGUAGGCUCUAGGAAGGUGGAGCAAGUAAGUAAUACGUGCGAGGAAAGUAAAGCAUCGGGGGAGGACGAAAAUUUGAACGACAAAGAUUCAGGGUCAGCUGAGGACAGAAAAGAUACUCAUGGGAAGGACCAAGGUAAUAGCAAACCGAAGUGUGCAGAACAUUUAGAAGAUAAUGCAAGUAAUAAAGAAUCUCAUGUUGAACCUACUGACGAUGGAUGUUCUUCAAGUAAUAGAAAUAAGGAGUUGCAAUCUGUUCAAAGCCAGAAUGGAAAGCAGUAUGCUGCGACAACCCCGAGAACCUUUGUUGCCAAUGAGAUGCUUGAUGGAAAGAUGGUUAAUGUGAUGGAUGGAUUGAAAUUGUUCGAAGAUUUUUUGGACGAUGCUGAGGUUUCAAAGCUUCUUUCAUUGGUGAACGAUUUGAGAGCUUCUGGAAAGAGGGGGCAAUUUCAAGGUUCGACAUAUGUGGUCUCAAAAAGACCCAUGAAGGGACAUGGGAGAGAGAUGAUCCAACUAGGCUUUCCCAUUGCAGAUCAUCCUCAUGAUGAUGACAACUCUUCAGGGCUCUCAAAAGAUCGAAGAAUAGAAUCCAUCCCGUCGUUGCUUCAAGAUCUCAUCGAUCGCUUGGUUGGAGAGCAAAUGAUGUCAGUGAAACCAGAUUCCUGCAUCAUUGACUUUUAUAACGAGGGUGAUCAUUCUCAGCCUCAUGUCUGGCCACCAUGGUUUGGGCGGCCCGUUGGUGUCCUCCUUUUGACUGAAUGUGAAAUGACCUUUGGUAGAGUAAUUGGUACAGACCAUUCUGGCAACUAUAAAGGGGCUAUGAAGCUGUCUCUUGCACCCGGAACCCUUCUUGUUGUGGAAGGAAAAUCUGCAGAUUUUGCUAAGCAUGCAAUUCCCGCCAUCCGCAAGCAACGUAUACUUGUUACCUUGACCAAAUCACAACCAAAAAGAGCUGUACCCUCUGAUGGGCAACGCACAUCUUUGAAUGUAGGUCCAUUUGCCAGUUGGGGUCCUCCAUCUGUUAGAUCGCCGAACCCUCGCCUUUCCCCUGGACAGAAGCACUACGCUUCAGUUCCAUCAACAGGGGUUCUACCAGCGCCACCCAUUCGUCCCCAAAUGCCGCCACCAAAUGGCAUCCCACCCCUAAUUGUCUCUCCCGUAGCAUCACCUAUGCCGUUCCCUCCUCCUGUGCCGAUCCCAACUGGUCCACCCACAUGGCCUACUGCACAUCCAAGGCAUCCUCCACCGCGCCUCCCUGUUCCAGGUACUGGAGUAUUCCUUCCCCCUCCAGGUUCUUCUAGUGCUCCAUCUCCAGCUCCUCAACAGUUGCCAAACUCCACUGUUGAGACGGGUUCCCUUUCAGAAAAGGAGAACGGUUCGACAAAAUCUGAUCAUAAUGCAGGUGCUUCUCAAGGAGAAAAAUCAGAAGCAAAGCCUCAAAGACAAGAAUGCAAUGGAAGUGAGAGUGAAAAAGUGAGGGAGGAAGAGCAGCAGGAGCAGCAAGAACAAAGUGAGAAUCUGCAGGCCCAACAUGCAGGAGAUGGAGCAGUUUAGAGAGAAGAAGAUACAUUACUUAAGAGAAAAGAGAGAAGAAAACCAGGUAGGCUGCGGAGUUGAAUGAGUUACAACAAGCAAAAUGUAGAGAGCGGCAACAUUGAAGACCGAUGAUUAUCACACACUAAACACUACUACUACUACUAUUACUACUACUACUACUACUACUACCAAGGAGAACAAGGGGAGUUCUCUUUCAAAAUCCCUUUUUUUGUUCUAAAGAAUUUCAUGCCAUAUGGAACUUUGGAUCUUACUUGUCAUCUUUUUUAAAAAGAGAUUUUUUAGGGAAUUCUUUUUUGGGUUUAAACAGUUGAAAAAAA